AUGAACAAGGGAAAGAUUUUCAAGUUGGCUAAGGGAUUUAGAGGAAGGGCAAAGAAUUGCAUAAGGAUAGCAAGGGAGAGGGUUGAGAAAGCCUUGCAAUAUUCCUACAGGGACAGGCGUAACAAGAAGAGGGAUAUGAUCCUUUGGAUUGAGCGCAUCAAUGCUGGCACACGAUUGCACGGGGUGAAUUAUGGCAAGUUUAUGCAUGGAUUGAUGAAGGAGAACAUCCAACUCAAUAGGAAGGUGCUCUCAGAGCUGUCAAUGCAUGAACCUUACAGCUUCAAGGCGCUUGUUGAUGUAUCCCGCACGGCAUUUCCAGGGAACAGACCUGUCAAAAAGGAGGGUCUAGCAGUUAUCCUAUGAAUCAACAUUUCCAAUAAGUCACUGAACUCAUGAGGGUUGUUCCUUCCUUGCAGUUGAGAGUUACUACUUCUAAAUUUGCUAGCUACUUAGCUUGUAUACCCAGCAACCUCAUGUAAUUUUGCGUUACAAGUAUUUAUGCUCCCUUUGGUACUCGCUUUGAUAGACAGAACUGAAACAGCGGCAGCUUGGGCUGCACAUUAUUAUUAUUUGUUGCCCCUGUCAGUUGGCUUGAUCGAGAUAAUCCUCUAUGUACUGUUGACAAAUUCUGCAAUCUAAUUGUGGGAGACAAAAUAAAAGAGAUUUGAUCCUUUUGGUU